GCGAGGAUGCAGCACCCGCUGGAAUUGGGCGCCGCGCGCUACUUCCCGGCCGAAGCCUUCCCCGACCACCGCUCGCACCGCUACCGCAGCUUCAUGAUCGAGGAGAUCCUCACGGACCCCCCGGACGCCAAGGGCGCCGCGCCGGCCGGGGAGCUGCUCAAGUUCGGGGUGCAGGCGCUGCUCUCCGCCCGGCCCUACCACAACCACCUCGCGGUGCUGAAGGCGGAGCCGGCCGCCGUGUUCAAGUUCCCGCUGGCUCCCCUGGGCUGCUCGGGGCUGGGCUCGGCGCUGCUGGCCGCCGGCUCGGGGCUGCAGGGCGGCUCCGCCUCGCCGCAUCUCCCGCUGGAGCUGCACCUCCGCGGGAAGCUGGAGCCGGGCCCGCCGGAGCCGGGCAAGGCCAAGAAGGGCCGCCGCAGCCGCACCGUGUUCACCGAGCUGCAGCUCAUGGGGCUGGAGAAGCGCUUCGAGAAGCAGAAAUACCUCUCCACGCCCGACAGAAUAGACCUGGCCGAAUCGCUGGGGCUCAGCCAGCUCCAGGUGAAAACCUGGUACCAGAACAGGCGCAUGAAAUGGAAGAAAAUAGUGCUGCAGGGGGGCGGCCUGGAGUCCCCCACCAAGCCCAAGGGCCGCCCGAAGAAGAACUCGAUCCCCAGCAGCGAGCAGCUCUCGGAGCAGGAGCGCGCCCGCGACGCCGAGAAGCCGCCCGAGAGCCUGGGCUCGCCGGCCGAGGUCAGCCAGGAGGAGUGAGGGGCAGCUCGGGGA